UAUAAAAGGAGGUGCACACAUAGCCGGCCGGAUAGUAGCUUUUUGGAAAAACUGCUCGGAAAACUGCUCCGCUCAGCUCAGCUCAGCUCUCAAUUCUUAGUUCCCGUUAUUGAAGUUGCAGUCGUCGUUGCCAGCCAGCCAGUCAGCAGUAGCAGCAGCAGCAGCAGCAGUUGUAGCCGCAGCAGCAAAUUCCCAAGCUCUCUCACAGUGCUGUUCUCACCCAUACAAAUACACACACACACGCACAUGAGCUCCAGCUGAGCGAGCGUUGAGUCGAAAGAGAGAAUUAAAGGCAGAGAUAGAAGCAGAAGCAGAGAAAUAGGCUACAGCGGCAAGCACACCCGCACCGCUAAUUCAGUCGACGUCGACGCUGGCAGAGGAGCACAUCGGACCAAAACGGAAACGGACAGCGACCGAGACGGAAACAGAAACCGAAACCGAAAUCGACACAGAACUACGCAGCCAUCUUAGCACUUGAAACUCGCCAUAUGUAGAAAGGAAACGCAAGGAAGAACUAUAACUCUGUCCAACAAAUAAAAGAAAUCAAAAACCAUGUGCUGUGCUUAAUUAAAUAAGAAAACCCAGACAGAGGAAAAAAUAAAAAGCGGAAAGAAAAGGAAAAAGGGAAAUCUAUAGAUCCGGAGAGAGAAAAAGAGAGAGAGCUGGACGGGGCGGUGAUUUCUGUUGAAUUUUUUAGAAUGUAUUGAAUUGAAAAAUGUUUAACUAGAAUAACAAAUUUAGUUGUUGAUACUUUUCCAAUUGUUUGUUAAACGCUGUCGCUGAAUAAUCGAACUCUCCACAAACACAACACAACUUAACAACACGCGAAAUAAAAUCAAAUUCUUGUGAUUAAAGUGCAUUUCUAAUACGUACAAAUAACCACACACACGCAUCUAUAUUUAUUAUAUAUUUGUACGUGUGUUCACCCCCUCCCAAAACAAUCCACACAAAAAAAAACACGCGACGUUAAAAUCAACAUCAGGAAUCAGGAAUCAGGACUUGGACGGACCGUCUAGGCAGCGGCAGCCACAAACUUUAAUUCGAAGCCCCAGGACUCCCAGGAUACCAGGAAGAAUACGAAUACGAAUCAGAACGGCGACUCUAUGAAGAUGGAAGUGCUCUCAGUACAAAAUCAUAUUCAGGGAAAAUUCGGUGUUAAUAAAAUUAAAGACUGGCAAACUGCAGCAGCUCCCCUGGAGGAGGAGGAGGAGGAAGAGCUGACCGUGGCCGGGAAUUCGGCUGCCGGCGAGGUUCUGGACGUGGAUGUGGUUGACGGGCAUCCGGCCUCAGUGCUGCACAUGCGACAGCAUCAGGCGCUCAACACCCGUCCCCUUCCCACCCCCCACACUGCCGUGGGAGGAGGAGGAGGAGGCGGCGUCGGCGGGGGGGCUGCAGUAGUACCAUCGCCCAAGCAGGCCACGUCGGCUGUGGCGGCCGCCAGCUUCGAGGCACCGAUUAGCGGGGGCAGUGCCGCUGCCUACCACCACGCCUACAUGACCAAUGUGCUGGCCAGCACCAACCAGCAGCAGCAGCAGCAGCAGUACCACCCCCUGCCCGCCUCGCCGCUGCAGUCAACGGCCGGAGCUCGGUUCGGUGCCUCCGACAACCUGGACGAUGUGAGCGCCAGCGCGGUGCGGGAACUGUCGCAGCAGCUACAGGCCCAGCUGCGGGACGCCAAGAGGCGCCACCUCGCCUGCACGGAGGUCACCCUGCCCAAUGACCUCACGCAGCGCAUUGCUGCCGAAAUAAUUCGAAUGUCGGAGCGGGAGCCGUGUGGGGAGCGGGCCUGCACCCUCUUCAUUGAGUUCGAGAGCGAGCCGAACAAUGUCAGGCGCAUUGCAUCGUUCAAGGUGGACCCGGACACUGUGUCGAUAUUCGAGCUGUAUCUGACCUUGAGGCAGGACAAGAGCGGUUGGACCUCCCUGCUGCCGCAGUUCAUCAAAAACCUCACCCGUAGCAACACCAUCAACAUCAGUCCCGACUUUACGCUGACCAAGAACAAGCUCUACUCAUCCGAGUAGGUCGCUUCGAGGGGCUGCUUAAAACUCAAUCCCUCCGAACAACAAACAGAAACAGUAAAAACAGAAAUUUGUAGAACAGCCUACGAUACGAUCUUCGAUCUUGGAGCAGCGCGAAGAUAUUGUUAGAAACCAUAGAGAGGCAAACUUUUGGACCACAACUAUCAACUUACUCCUGCAAACUACAAAUCAACUCAAAAGCUCUAAAACAGCGAAAACAAUUAUUUUGGAACCUACGCUCUAAAAGAAAAAAAUGGAAAAAAAACCAAAAAAAAAAAAACUAAAACAAAUCAACUGCAGUUGCAGGCAACUCAAAACUCUUAUUGGACUGACUUUUUGGCUUAAAAAAAAAGGUACUUUUUGAAAAACGAAACAAAAACUUAAAAAAUUGCAAAAAAAGAAAGUAUUUGAAAGAGAAGCAAAGAGAGUGAGGAGGAGAAUACACACACACACACAAACAAAUACACACAGAGAAAAAACCAUAAGAAAUAUUCAAAAUAUUGUAAAACGUUAAGGAGGAGGACUUCACUCAGUGAAUGGUUGUUGUCGGUGAUCCGUUUUAAAUUGAAUAUUAAAAGGCAAAAAAACCUCCGGACGAGUCGAGAGAGUCGAGUUCGAGUAUUAACCGCAUAUGUAUGUAUGGAUGUAUGUAUACGCCAUCAUCAUGAAUCAUCAUCCGAGUCAGGAGAAGCUAUAGUAGAUUGUACAUAUAUUGUGUGAGAUACAUAAUAUAUAAUGCAAUUAUUUUUUUUGUCACGAUCCGAAUUAGGCUAUUACUUCUAAAUGCAUGCAUACAUACAUCUAUAUAUAUAUUCUGUAUUGAAAAAAAACACACACACACAAACAAAAAGGAUGAAAGGAAAUCAAGAAAUUUAUAUAUAUAUGAGAGGAAAACAAUAAGAAUCGGGACGAUCAACGGCAGCAAAAGCAGAAAGAGGAAAGUUAAUAAUAACAAAUAUAAAAACAAAGUUGAUGUGAUAUUAUAUAAUAAUUAUAAAUAUUGAUAAAUGCAUAAACACUCACACUCUCACGAUACCACUCACAAAACACACACACAUAGAAAUUCAAUUACCGAAAUAGUGUGGAAAGUAUUUAAAAAAAAAUAUUAAAUUCAAAACCCAGUUAUUACAAAACAAUACAACAACAAUACAACAAAAUUUAUAAGAUCAUGAUAAUUGCUAAUUGAUAGAUUCAAGUAAUUCUCAAAAAAUUAUUUCCACCAAUUUAUGAUUAAGCUCUGUAUUAUUAUUUUAAUUGAUUAUAAUUAUUUUUCGUUUUUUGUGCAGAGUUCCAAACUUUGCUAAGAAAGUGUAGCCAAGUGGCUGAUUAUACAAUAUAAUAUAGAUAUAUAUGAAAAAUAUUUCUAAUAUUUGAUGUUUCUAAUCUAAGAUUUUAUUAUUAAAGCAAAGGCAAAAACAAAAACAGAAAUCAACAAAAACCAGAGAAACAAAUCGAUCUGAGAAAUUCAGCAGAAAAAUUCAUUAAAUGUGCGUAGCUGUGUGUUUAUCUGUAGUUUAGUUAACAACAAAAAAAAUAUGAAAAAAAUAACACGAUAUGACAGACAACAAAUUGAUAGGAAAGAAUCGAUAAUUAUCGAUAUGAGGCAGUUAAUAUUAUAACUUAUACAAAAAAAAAACGUGUAUGGAUGGAUACCUUUUGGCUAGUUAGUUGGCAAACAAAUUGUUUUGAUUAACAAAUUAUAUAAGCAGUAAAAUUAUUUAUAAAGAAAAAAGAGCGAAAAAAAUUGAUGAAAAAAAAAUGGGUAACUAUUGCCAAGAGGCAGAGGUGGAAAACUUUCGGAAAAUAUAAAGUCAUCUGUGUUAAUAAAUUUUAAAAUAAUUUUUAGCGUAGAUUAAAAACGAAGAAGUGAAAAUGUAAAAUUAAAUGAAGAAUCCAUCAAGUUUGUUGUAUCUGACAGGCAUCGUAAAGCUCUCACACACACGCCACAAAAAUCUAAAGAAUCAUAAAUAAAAAAUAAUAACCAGAUCCCAAGUAUUCGACAGGUUAUAAUAGUAGUUUAUACUCGAGCAUAACGCAAAACACGCAAAAGCAAAAAUGAAUUUAUUUAUAAAAACCAAGAAAUACAAAAAACAUUUGCAAUAAUUUAAUUUAAUCUUAAAACUAAAUAAUUUUUUUCCACAAUAAUCAAUCCCACAAAGAUCUCGAAUUAUGCAAAAGAAUUAUAAGAAGCAAAACUCAUUAUAUGAUAAAGGUUUAAAGCGGAAGUACAUUUUUCACGGAAAAUACAAAUACAAAUACAAAUAAAAAUACAAACUAGGUAUUUAAAAACUUGCUUUAUACUUAUUUAGGUUAACCCAGGUUUAAAAUGCCAAGAGCACUCUAAAACAAAAUAACAAAUCUGAGCCAUCUGAGACUCAAAUAUAUCGACGAAUAUCGAUUUCAACUUCAUUCGAUCAUUAAAACACAAAACACACACACACACACACAUCAGCAUAUGCGCAUAUAUAUAAAGAUAUAUAGAGUAUAUGUAAAUAGGGCCACCGUAGCAGCAAUAAUUGAUAAAAAAAAAAAAGAAAAUAAAAUUCUAUAUAUACUGUAUUAACGAAUUAAAUGUGAACAUAAUUAAAGCAAGCGAAGAAAUAGAACCAUGAAUGUGAUCUAUUUAAUAAAAACUAAUCUUAAAAAAUAAAAAAUUACACCAUCUAUGGCAAUCAUUAUGUUUUGUUUCGAAUAAUUACAUUUUUUAUGGCCACAGUAUAUGUAGAAAGUUUUGAUUUGUAGAACUUCCACUAUUAUUUGCCAACUAUGUUUGUCCUUUCUUUGAGAAUUCUUCUGCCAGGCUUUGUAAGAUUGUAGAAUUCGCAAUGCUUUUGAUGUUGUUUUUUCCAUUUGAGCUUCUUUUUUCGCAAAUUAAAUAUUGUAUUUUGAAGUAGUGUCUCGAUCUCCGGAUUUUGGGAGAUAUUUUUUCGUUUCGUUCUCCAUGGAUAAGUGUAAAACGGUGUAGAAGAACAAAGAAUGGAAUGAAUCUUAGACACGUCCAGUGCUCCUCAAAGUAUUUUGUAAACAAUAAUGAUAAACCAAAAAAACAAAAAACAAAAAACAAAAACAAAACGCAUAAGCAAAGCGAAUAUAAAUAUGUAUUUAUGCGAGGGUAUGCAAAAAAGUUCUAUAUAUGAAUGUAAAAUAGAUGUAUGGCUAUAUCUAUAUAUAUAUAUAUAUAUAUAUAUUGUAGAAUUUUUACACAUUCUAUUACAGACUACAGAGUUACCGACUAAGGCAAAUAAUACGAUUACUACUACUACUACUGCAGUACUAAUGUAUAUUUUCAAUGUAUGUGUGUGUGUUGUUUAAGGGAACCAAUUAAUGCAUUCAAGAAUCAAAUUACAAAUCAAUUAAACGAACGCCUCAACUAUCUAUAAUCUAUCUCGAUCAGUCUAACAUUAGAGAUCAAAACCUUCAAAACAGUAG